CGCUCAUGCGCAAAAUGGCAGCUUCCGGGUGUAAAAAAAUGUUACAGCAGGUGAGAAGUUUAGCACAGUGUCGCUGCAUAAGUACAUCCGCUAGUAACUACAAGAAUAUAAGAGCAGGUGUGCCAAAGACAACACCUGACAGAUCAAAGCCUCUGACCUAUGAAGAAUGGUGCCACCCGGAACAUAUUGGCGAGAGGAAGGCAUGGAAUUCUUGGAAUACAUCAAGUUUGUGUGAUGAGCCCAGAGCUGCAGAGACUGCAAUAGAGGAUAUGUUCAUCAGAAAGUUCAUCUAUGGAACAUGGCACAAUUUAUUUGCAUCAGAAACAAUCAUAAAAAGGCGUCACAAUAUCAUAGUGCUAGCUGUACCAUUUGGAGGCAAUGGUUAUCCAGCAUAA